ACUUGGGAAAAUUUUAUACAGAAGCUCAUAGAAAAGAUUAGCCAGCAGCAGAGCCUACAUCAGCUAGAAUUGUGCAGUGAGUGGUGCAAUCGAGAUUUCCUUGUUUCUAGCUUUGAUUCCCUGGCUCAGUUUCUUAACUAUCACCUCAAAGUCUAAUAAUAUACAGAUAUGUCCUUGAAUGAAAUAUCAUGGCUUUGCAUGUUCACCAUUGGAUGAAUUUAGAAAAGCUUGGAAUCAGAUGGUAACCCCCCUCCCCAAGUUAUAAUUUCUUAAACCAACUCUUAAUUCAAAAAUUGGUGCAGCCCUGAGUGCCCCAGACAGUGAUGCUUUUCUUACAUAAAUAGCACUCUGCUACUGAGUUUUCCUACCCUUAACAGGUAUGAAACCAUCAGAGUUUAAAAGACACUGCAGUCUAUGCAACAUGGAUUCCGAUAUCAUGAUUUUGAAUAUAAUGAAUACUAUCAAAUCAUAAAUAUCAACCAUAUCUUCUAGUCCUAGACCUGAAAGAGUGCCAUAUUAUUGGAUUGAUUUGAAGGGAAGCUUGGGCAAGACUGUAACAGGAGGUCAAGAGGCUAGAAAGGUUAAAGGGGAUUGAAACAGUCAUCAGAAAGGACAGUGUAGUGGAAUUGCAGCCACGUUUUAAACCCAUCAUGUAUGACACGGUAAAAGCAAAGCAAAACCUCCAUUGCCAAUGGCCAAGAACAAUACCAGAGGUUUUUUACCUUUGGCUUCUUGUACUUUGGGAAAUGAGAUUUUUUGUUUGCCAGGCUUUUUAUCACCACUUUAUAUGUUCCAACAGUCAUGCAUGGCCUCUACCUCCCUUCAUCUCUCCAACAUUGACCAUCAUAGUUACUCUCAGUCAACAUCCAUCAUUUUUGAGGUUUUGAAGAAAUGGAAGCAAGCUUGUUUUGGUUUCUGUUAGCUCUUCAAAUAGUAGUAACCUGGAGUUGUGCAACAAGCAGGUCUUUAACACCAGACUAUGGCUUUGGAGCUAAUCAACCAGGCCAGAAUCCAGAGUCUUUGCAAGUUCCCUUGGGACCAAGUUCAAGCUCAAAAGAAGUCUCUUCACAGAGUUACAAAAGCAAGCAAGGAAAGGGUAACAUAAAUGGAGAAACUUAUGUUGAAGCGGAGAUCGGCAGACUGGGCAUAGGCUCAGGCCGUCCGAGCUGUGAACACAAAUGCUAUGGUUGCAGUCCAUGUGAAGCCAUUCAAGUGCCUACGACUCCAGGCAAGCACAGCCAUGUGAGCCUGCAGUCCGCAAAUUAUGAACCUGAGAGUUGGAAAUGCAAGUGUGGUCCUACGUUUUAUAGCCCAUGACUUGCUUUGAAGCUUUUAUAUUACAAGCUGUUGAAUGUUCAGAGUUGCACCAUGUUCUCUGAUUUCAGUCUUCUUGUUGUUUUUGUUUCUGAGAAGUAUUCGUAGCACUCCAAUGAAUAUCUACAAUGAUUUUCGAGAUACAUAA